GCUAAGGUAUUCUUUCGAAGGACUCCAAAAUCAAAGCUCGAGCCAUAACAAUGGCUAUUCUUGCUCUUCCUUUGUUUGCCUCCUUCCUCAAACACCAUACUUAUUAUCGCCUUUCAAUUCGCUCUCGGAAGCCACUCUCUUCUAGCUUCUACAAAUCCCCUUAUCGCCGCCAUUUUAACAAAACUUAUGCCUCUGCCAUUAGUCCUUCCACCACUCAGCAGCAUUCAUCCACUGAUUCUGAGAGUUAUGUCUCCAAGCCCACGAUUCUUACUUUUCAGCAAGCAAUUCAGCGUCUCCAGGAAUACUGGGCCUCUGUUGGAUGUGCUGUGAUGCAAUGCAGUAACACAGAGGUUGGUGCAGGAACCAUGAAUCCCUUGACAUUCUUAAGAGUUCUUGGUCCAGAACCUUGGAAUGUUGCGUAUGUGGAGCCUAGUAUACGGCCAGAUGACAGUCGCUAUGGGGAAAAUCCAAAUCGACUCCAACGCCACACUCAAUUUCAGGUGAUUUUGAAGCCUGAUCCUGGAAACUCACAAGACCUUUUCAUCCAAAGUCUCUCCGCUUUAGGAAUUGAUGUUGCUGCACAUGAUAUCCGUUUUGUAGAGGACAAUUGGGAGAGUCCGGUACUUGGCGCUUGGGGAUUGGGAUGGGAAAUCUGGAUGGAUGGAAUGGAGAUUACACAAUUCACUUACUUUCAGCAGUCUGGAAGUCAACAACUAUUGCCCGUAUCUGUUGAAAUCACUUACGGUCUUGAACGUAUCCUCAUGUUACUGCAGGGUGUUAAUCAUUUUAAGAAAAUUCAGUAUGCUGAUGGAAUCACAUACGGGGAGCUGUUCUUGGAGAAUGAGAAGGAAAUGAGUGCAUAUUAUUUAGAACAUGCCAAUGUUCACCAGAUUCAGAAACAUUUCAACAUCUUUGAGGAGGAAGCUCAUGCCUUGCUUGCUUUAGGAUUACCUAUCCCUGCGUAUGAUCAGGUAUUGAAGGCAUCUCAUGCUUUCAACAUACUGGACUCUAGAGGUUUCAUUGGAGUAACUGAGCGUGCUCGUUAUUUUGGUCGAAUGCGAAGUUUAGCUCGUCAGUGUGCGCAACUGUGGUUGAAAACCCGAGAAUCACUAGGACAUCCACUUGGUGUUGUUUCUGAUUCUGUUGAUCUUGUAUGUCCGAAAGAACUUCUGGAAGCUGCAGUCAAAAAGGUGCAUGAAGAUGCGCGGUGGUUUGUUCUUGAAAUUGGAACUGAAGAGAUACCACCUAAAGAUGUUGUGGAUGCAAGCCAACAACUCAAAACAUAUAUGUUGCAGUUACUUGAAAAGCAUAGGCUAAGCCAUGGUAAUGUGCAAGCUUUUGGCACACCCCGCAGGCUAGUGGUCACAGUUGAGAGUCUGUGCUCUAAACAAGUAGAGAAAGAGAUUGAAGUCAGAGGACCCCCUGUUUCAAAAGCUUUUGACGACAAAGGAAAUCCUACAAAGGCUGCUGAGGGCUUUUGCCGCAGAUACUUCAUCUCAGGUGAAUCGUUGUACAGGAAGAUCGAUGGAAAGACAGAGUACGUAUAUGCUCGUGUAAUGGAGUCUUCUCGGCUUGCUCUAGAGAUUUGUUCUGAAAAUUUACCUGCCAUUAUAGCUAAAAUAUCAUUCCCAAAGUCGAUGAGAUGGAAUUCUCAGGUCGUGUUUAGCAGGCCUAUUCGCUGGAUUCUGGCGCUCCACGGUGAUGUAGUUGUUCCAUUUUCAUAUGCUGGUGUUUUAAGUGGGAACACUUCCUAUGGUCUUCGUAACACUUCUACAGCUAUUGUUAAGGUAGAUAGUGCGGAAUCUUUUAUGGAGGCAAUGAAGGAUGCUAAAAUUAUUCUUGAAGUUGAGGACCGCAAAAGAAAAAUCUUGGACCAGUCUUCCAUAUUGGCACAAAGCGUCCAAGGGAAAACUGUUAUUAAUGAGGCCUUGCUUGAUGAGGUUGUAAAUCUUGUCGAGAAACCUGUUUCAAUACUUGGAAAGUUCAAUGAUUCCUUCUUGGAGCUUCCAGAAGAUCUUCUAACAAUGGUUAUGCAGAAGCAUCAGAAAUAUUUUUCACUUAGAAAUGCUAAUGGAAAGCUGAUGCCAUACUUCAUUGCUGUAGCAAAUGGAGAAAUUGAUGACAAAGUUGUAAGAAAAGGAAAUGAAGCCGUACUAAGAGCUCGCUAUGAAGAUGCCAAAUUUUUCUACGAGACAGAUACAAGUAAAAGGUUUUCUCAGUUUAGAAAUCAACUGAGCGGUAUCCUGUUUCAUGAAAAAUUAGGAUCAAUGCUCGACAAGAUGACACGUAUGGAAGCAACGGUUGUGAAACUAAGCCUUGCGAUGGGAAUUAGUGAAGAUUUGCUUGAAAGUGUUCAGGAAGCUGCAUCCCUUGCCAUGUCAGAUCUUGCUACUGCUGUUGUCACAGAAUUUACUUCACUUGCAGGAAUAAUGGCACGACAUUAUGCGUUGCGUGAGGGUUUUUCAGAGCAGAUAGCAGAAGCCUUGUUUGAGAUUACACUUCCCAGAUUUUCUGGUGAUAUUCUUCCAAAGAGUGGUGUUGGCAUAGUUUUGGCUGUUGCUGACAGAUUAGAUAGCCUUGUUGGCUUAUUUGCUGUUGGCUGUCAGCCUAGUUCUACCAGUGAUCCAUUUGGCUUGCGGAGAAUUUCUUAUGGCCUUGUCCAAAUAUUGGUGGAGAAGGAUAAGAAUCUUGAUCUAGAGCGAGCACUGAGACUGGCAGCUGAUACCCAACCCAUUAAAGUUGAUAGCAACGUUAUUGAUAAUGUAAAUCUAUUUGUUACUCGAAGGCUCGAACAAUUUCUGGUGGAUAAGGGUUUGAAUUCAGAAAUAGUUCGUUCAGUUCUUGCAGAGCGUUCAAAUUUUCCAUGUCUAGCAGCGAAGACGGCUCAUAAAAUAAAUGCUAUGUCGAAAGGCGAUCUGUUCCCGAAAAUCGUGGAGGCAUAUGCACGUCCAACAAGAAUCAUUUCUGGGAAGGAUGUUGACAAUGCUAUGGAGGUUGAUGAGGCUGCCUUUGAAUCAAAUGAAGAAAGAGGUCUAUGGAAUACGUUUUUAUCAAUCAAAAACCAAGUUCAUCCAGGCAUUGAGGUUGACGAGUUCUUUGAAAUAUCUUCAAACCUCAUACAACCACUUGAAGAUUUCUUUGAGCAUGUCUUUGUCAUGGUGGACGAUGAAAAGAUCCGUAAAAAUAGGCUGGCCCUUCUCAAAAAAAUUGCAGAUCUUCCAAGAGGCAUAGCUGAUCUUUCACUUUUAUCAGGAUUUUAAGCUCUACAACUUCAUAAUGCAGCUAACAAAUAUAGCCAUUGGAAGGGGAACUAUUAUUAUCACAGGCUUGCGUAAUGUAUCAUGUUGAGGACAAUUAAGUUUUGUAACAUUCAUUUUUCCUCUAAUCCAAGUAAAUUUUGAGACCUCUAAUCCAAUCUUUUGCUAUUGAUUUAACGUAUAUAAUUAUGCUUUGGACCU